UUUAUAGUUAACAAGAGUAAAAUUCUUAAAUUAAAAAUCUCUAAAAUUAAGUUUUCGGCGUGUUUGAUAUAAAAUAGAAAUUUCUUUUUAAUAAAAACCGCUCAUUAUUUCUUCUUUCAAUCACACUAAAAGCAAACUACCCUCACAAUCCACAUUCCUUUUAUGUUUUGUCAUAAAAUAUUGACAAAUCUCCUAAUUCCGGCGAACUUUUGGCGUGAAAAAACAAACAUAAUAUGACCUAAUGCGCACAAUCGCCCCCAAAAAUCGAUGUUUUCCACCCACGUCAGUUUUCAUCCCGACAAUAUUUCCUCGAUCCGUCCCUUAAAACCGACUAAACCACGCACAAUGUUGGUUCCAAAAUCGCCUUAAUUUCCCCAACAAUGCGAUAAUAAAACACCAUCGAAAAUGGCUACCCAAAACCUAAACGAAACGAGUUACAUCCUCGACCGGCGAAAUUACAGCGAAGAAAGGGGUAGUAGUAUAGACUCGAACGAAAAUGCUUUCGACGACAUGAAACAACUGAUAAAUGACGAUGAUGGGAGUAAUAAAUCGAGUCUGCCAUGGGCAAGUUUUAAUUUUAUUAAUUCCAUUAUUGGGAGUGGGGUGAUUGGGAUUCCAUAUGCUCUCCAUGAAGCUGGGUUCUUUUUUGGGUUGUUUUUGUUGGUUCUGGUUGCUUAUAUUACCGACUAUUCUUUGAUUCUGAUGGUGAGGAGUGGGCAUAUCAGUGGCAAGUUUUCCUAUCAGGGGAUUAUGGAAGCUGCGUUUGGCAAACCUGGAUAUGUUCUCUUGGGGAUUUUGCAGUUUUUUUACCCCUUUAUUGCCAUGGUUUCCUACAACGUCGUCGUCGGAGACACAGUAACCAAAGUAAUAAUUCGCCUAACAGGCAUCACCCAAGACUCGCUUUUCGCCAAACGCCACAUAAUCGUCCUCAUCGCCACCCUCCUGGUCACAGUUCCUCUUUGUCUCUAUCGAAAAAUAUCAAAACUGGCAAAAAUCUCAUUCCUGAGUCUCGUCUGUAUCGGUUUUAUUUUAUUUGCGAUUUUUGUGCGUAUCGGAACCAUGAGUGAGAUUGUGCCUCCUCAUCGGCACGCUUGGUCUUUCUUCAACAAAGACAUCAUUCCGGCCAUCGGAAUUAUGGCGUUUGCCUUCAUGUGUCAUCAUAACACGUUUCUUAUUUACGGAUCGAUGGAAAAUGCCAACGAAAAAAGAUGGGAAAUUGUUACUCAUAUUUCGAUUUUGACCAGUUUGGUCGUUGCUUUGUUGUUUGGUAUCGCUGGAUACACCACUUUCACUGCAUAUUCGCAAGGCGAUCUUCUUGAAAACUACUGCUGGACCGACGAUUUGAUGAAUUUCAGUCGUCUCCUCUUCAGCAUCCAAAUCCUGCUAACCUACCCUAUUGAAUGUUUCGUCACUCGUGAAGUCAUCACCAGUUCUUUUCUACGAAACGACCCCAAUGUGCCCAUCUCCGAACGUACCCAUUAUUUGAUUACUUUGGCCAUCGUUGGCACCACUUAUUUCAUUUCGAUAUCCACCGACUGCUUAGGGGUGGUCCUCGAAUUGAACGCCCUCGCAGCCUUUUGUGCUCAUUCUGUGUCGAUUUCCAUCGGGAUCUGUCAAGGCUACAGCGCGAUUUUAAUCCCUCAACUCACCUCUUCCUACAGCAUACACGUGGAUUCGGAAGAGAGCUCCUGGCUCGCAAGUCUGGGUGCCGUGACAAAUCCAAUAGGGUCGAUUCUGUCCGGAUUGCUGGCGGAGUACUUCGGCAGGAAAAGGUCCAUCCAGAUCAGUAGCGUCCCGUUUCUUGCAGGAUGGCUGUGCAUUGCGUUAGCCGACAACAUCACGUGGCUGUAUGUAGGACGACUCGUCACGGGGAUAGCUGCAGGAAUGUCAUCAGCUUGCUACACCUACGUGAGCGAGAUCUCCACCCCCGAGAACCGGGGGAUUCUCCAGUCCCUGGGUCCCAUUUGUGCCUCCUUCGGCAUCCUCCUCACGUACACUCUCGGCUACUUCCUCUCGUGGUCAACUGUUGCCUUCGUCAGCGUCUCCUUUUCUUUAUUCACUUUAAUCGCGGUUGAAUUUCUUCCCGAAAGUCCCUCGUAUUUAAUUAAGGCUGGACUACACUCCAAGGCUUUUGACAGUUAUUUCUGGUUUCGACGAAACGUAGCCGUGGCGCAAACUGAAAUUUCCAAACACUCGCCGAUUGAGAAAAUCGAAAGUAGCGCCAAAGAAAUCUACUUCAGUGCUGCCACUAUUAAACCAUUCCUCAUCCUUGUCACUCUCUUCUUCCUCCAACAAUUAUCGGGGAUUUACACGAUUCUUUUCUAUGCUGUGAACUUUUUCGAAGAGACUGAGCUCGAAUUGGACAAUUACGUGUCUUCGAUUAUUCUCGGUGUGAUUCGGUUUGCCAUGUCGAUGGUGACUGCGAUUUUGGUGAAUAAAUUCGGCCGACGCCUACUUUGCAUGGCUUCCAGUGGGGGAAUGAGUGUCACCAUGUUGGCAAUGGUCGUGUAUUUCAAAUACUACGAGAUUUAUACGGGGGAAAGUCGGAUUUUUCCGGUACUUCCCCUCAUUUGUGUCAUCCUCAAUGUGAUGUUCUCCAUGGUGGGGAUGCUUCCAAUUCCGUGGAUUUUAGUCGGGGAGUUGUUCCCCUUGGAAGUUAGGUCUAUAAUGAGCGGAAUUGUCAUCUGCAUAGCUCAAUGUUUUGUCUUCCUUUUCGUCAAAAUCUACCCUGAUAUGAUCCAUCAUUUGAAUUUUAGUGGCACUUUGGUGACUUUUCUAUUGGCAGCAGUGGUCGCGUUGUUUUUCUGUAAAUAUGUUUUGCCCGAAACGAAGAAUAAAUCCUUGCAGGAAAUCGAGGAUUAUUUCAAGAGAAAGAAGGUUUUGGAUGAAGGAUUUUGCCCCGAAGUGACGAAAAAUGAGGGGAUUUUCACGGUGCAAAUACAGAAUUUAUGACGUGGUAAUACUUUCAACUAGUUGGAAAUAUUUUAGUUCUUAUAGAACCGACGGUGAUUGAUUGUACAAACAAGUAUUUUUGUAUAUAAUUAAGGAAUAAAUGAUUUAUUUAUUUUCC